AUGCGCUUAAGAACUAAUUUGUCUUUGUUAUUUGUUUCAGCAUCUGGUAGUUCUUCAACUGAUAUAUCAGAUGAGCAUGAGAUUCGCAUCAUAGAAACGCCACGUCGAUCUGGCAAAGAAACUCAACAAAUGAGAGAAUUGCCAAACCUGAACACUGAUUUGCUAAGCACCGAUCAAAAAUAUCUGUAUCAGAUGUGCUUCGCAAUUUCUGCUGAAUUAGCCAAUUUCAUCAUGAAAGUUUACGCACCAACCUGGUUUGAUAUCAAGACAAAAUCAUCUUGUAAAUAUGGUUCAAUUCAUGUGUUCAACAUGCUCGUGACAGAGGCUUCAACAUCUGUUUGUGGACCAGAAGCUAGAGAUAAAUUUAUUCGAACUAGAAUAAAAGCCAGACAAGAUAUACAAAUUGUCAACACCAAAUCUCAGUAUUUUGGUAAAAAAGAAGGUGCGGAGACUUUGGAAUUACGACAUUAG